AAUGAGUAUACCUCACCCCUUCCCCUCCCUCAUUUUCGGCCAAGGAGAACCAGGGAGAGCAAGAAAAUCCACCCAACCUCCUUCCUCCAUUGUUGAAGAAAGCUCAUCAAAGAGGAAUCACCCAAAAAGGAGCUAAAGUGCUAAAAGUGUGAAAUAAUUAAGGGAAUUGUAAAGGGUAUUUCAAGUGAUUUCACAAAGUUGGAAAAGUCGCCGGAGUAGUCGCCGGAGUUGACCAAAAGUCGCCGGAGUUUCACCGGAGUUCAACCAAGAAGGGUAAAACUUCAAAACGCUAGCUCAAGGUUGAAGCUAGAGCUUGCUACUUGCACCUUCUCACGGGUGAUAUCAAAUCAGGGAGACGUGAAAUGGAGGGCAGGCGAAUGGGGACCAGGAACAAUCCGAGAGGGCAAGCGCCGGUGACAUCCCAAAGGGGAAGCCGGGCUGCAUCUCGGGGUUCGGGAGGAGGCCGGGGAGGCCGUGGGAGCCGUGGAGGUCAUCAAGCUCAAACUGUGAGUGAUGGCCAUGUGAGCUCGGUGUAUGAAACCAACACCGAGGACUAUGACUCAACCUAUGUUCCAGAAACGGAGCACGAGGAGACCCCGUAUGAUGGGGGUGACACAUACACCGAUGAUGAUGAUGAAGAGAGUGAUGCCAAGUUCGCCCAAAUGGGCGAAUUGCUUGAGUGGUAUCAAAAAGAAAAGCUGAGGAGAGACCUUAGGCGCCAAGCAAGGCGUGGCUCUCGCGGUGCUUCGGGUCAAGGAAGCCGGGGAGCUUCAAGGGCCACUCCCGUGGCGCCACAUGAUGGGCGUGAAGGAGGUUUUGUAGUAAGGAUCUCCAAGUACCUCAAGGAGGCUAGGGCCUUGGGGUGUAGGUCCUUUGACGGCACCGGUGACAUUACCGUUGCCGCCGAUUGGAUCAAGAAGGUGAAGGAUGCAUCAAGGGACAUGCAAAUCACACCGGACGUGAAGUUGACUGUCGCUUCACGGCUCCUUGAAGGGAUAGCUUCUACGUGGUGGGAGAGCGUGGAAGGGAAGUACCAUGGGGAAAUAACAUGGGCGGACUUUGAGCUAGAGUUCUAUGCUCAAUACUACUCCGAGUACGAGGUGAAUGUGAAACGGAGAGAGUACACUAACCUCAAACAGAAAGAGGGCGGCACAGUUAAGCAACUGGAACAAGAGUUUAGAACCUUGGCUAGGUUCUUGCCGGAGUACGCGGUUGAUGAGAACCGCAUGACGGAACACUUUUGGGAUGCCCUACUCUUGGACAUCCGUGACCGAGCUACGUACUCGCGUCACAUGACCUUCAGUGAGGUGGUGGAGCAGGGCCUUCUCGGGGAGGCCCAAUGGAAUGAGAGAAAAGAGAGAGACGCCGAGGAGGCGAAAAAGAGGAAAUGGCAAAGUUCGGGGCCGCCCGAGCAAGCACGGAAGGAUAAGCACGGUGGAGGUGGCGGUUCGUUCAAGACACCGGCACCACCGGCAAAGAAGAACAGGGAUGCUCGGUGGCAUGCAUCCUCCUCACAAAGGACGGGGCCUCCAAAGUGUGCCAAUUGUUCGAAAAAUCAUUUUGGGAAGUGCAAUGCACCCCCAAGGUGUUAUCAAUGCGGGAACACGGGCCACAUGAAGGCAAAUUGCCCACAAUUAGGGGGAGGAGGAGCUCCGGGAUCCGGAGGAGGAACCAUGACGGGAAGGAACCGUGCGGGGCCGUCAAACGGCGGCACGGGAAGAGGCGGCGCAUCCACAAGCCAUGCCGCAUCCGUCAACCAAGGUGGGACCCAAGCCCGAGUGUACUCGAUGACCGAGGCGGAUGCGAGAGCUAAACCGGAUUCCGUUGCAGGGAAUUGUAAAGGGUAUUUCAAGUGAUUUCACAAAGUUGGAAAAGUCGCCGGAGUAGUCGCCGGAGUUGACCAAAAGUCGCCGGAGUUUCACCGGAGUUCAACCAAGAAGGGUAAAACUUCAAAACGCUAGCUCAAGGUUGAAGCUAGAGCUUGCUACUUGCACCUUCUCACGGGUGAUAUCAAAUCAGGGAGACGUGGUUCGUGCUUCCUUAUUUUCUUUCAAACUACCGAACACUUGCUCAUGGAUAUUUGUUUUACUACAAACUAUUUUUGGGGCUUGCAUGCCCAUGUUGUCGGCCGGUUGUGGCCCAUGACUUACCGUUGAAUAUUUCCGCUAUUCAUUGGUUUAAUGUGAUGUUGUUAUGUAUGUUUACUACUGAGUAUGGAUGGAUUGUUUUCUCGAACGCCUUGUGUAAUUAAGUGAGGUUGACCCGUGGGUGACGUCACUUAGUUAUACGGCGGUUGUACACGCGCUUGGAUUGCGGUCUGGGGCGUGACAGCCGCCAUAGAAUGAGCGAUCGGCUAUGUUUUGGAAUUUUAUUUUAGUUGUUCUUGAUGAUUUAAAUUAAUGUUUCCAUUCAGUACUUUGUUUUUAUUUUUCCCAUUAAAACUUUUUGGCGACA